AUGCGGGGGCCGGCGCCGAGCUCGUUCUCAUCACAGACACAGUUCAGUAGGAAAGCAUUCGCCUGGGGCAACUCAGAUGCCCAGCAGAAGCAAGAAACCAAGAAUGGCCAAGGAGGCCAAGAGGAAAGCCAGAACCGGACCUACGAGAUCCUCGCGAAGACGGGAACGGUAAAGGCUGAGCCGCACAUGGAUGCGAAGCUUAAGACCAAGAAGUCCAAGGGAAGCAGGUUUCUCGUCUCCGAGAUGACGAUGAAUGGCUGGUUGAAGCUUGAAAACGAGCCGGGCUGGUUAGCAGCUCACCUCCGAGGCGUGCAGGACAUCGGAGAGGUUGCAGCGCCACUUGAAACCGAGCCGAUGCUGGAGCUGGCUGUGCCCGUCUACCAGCCGCAGGGUAUGGUGUGCCUUGAAGUCGUCUUCAAGACCGGUGUCCCGGUCAGGGAGGCACCAAACCGAAGGGCAAAGACGGUGGCAACGCUGAAGUGCGGUGAGUUUGUCUUCGCCCAUACUCAGAACUUUGAUGGUUGGCUAAAGCUCUCCGGCAAGCCCGAGGGCUGGGUGCUGGCGAGCGACUCCGACUGGGGCGAGCUCCUCCGGCGCCGAAGGCGCAUGAACGAUAUCGACCUGUGGGCUCUUUGCGACGCCUGGGCGGCUGCCAGAGCCGGACCAGGGACAGGACGCUCCAUGGGCCUGAGUGGGAAGGAGGUUCAGGCCCUCAAGGAGCUGGAAGAGUUGACGGUCGCAGAGGCCAAAGCCCUGUGGCAAGAGCACGGCAGCAAGAAGGAGUACCUCGUCUCGGAGGGAUAUCUUGUUGGAGAGGACCUUCUCAAGACAGAGACAUGGAUGCGUCAGCGUAUUUUCGCCCAUGUCCUAGAGAAGAAGUCCAAGACCGGCGAGGGCUGGCUUCGGGAGCUCAUCUCUGGAUUCAAGCUGUCCUCUCGUGUGCCCCCACUGCCAGGCAUCCAGGGAGACCAGGAAGAAGAUGACUACUACGCGGAGCAGCAGGCUACGUCGCAAGCCUUCUCCCAGGGACUACGCCAGGGCUUCAUGAACGGCAAGUCCGGGGGACAGCAAGGCUACGGUGCCUUCGACCCGGCCUUCGAAGGGACCAAGCCCUUCGAGUACAAAGGCAAGAUGUACACCAUGGCGCCAAAUGGCGUCAUGUUUGAUCCGCCGAACCAGAUUCCCAUGGGUAUUUGGAAUCCCGACACUCAGCGACUGGACCCGGCUGCCGGAAUGAUGCCCGGCUGCCCUUACCCUGCCAUCUCCUACCUGGGUCGGACGUACAUCCUACUCCCAGACCAGCGCCUUUUGGAUCCGGAAACCGAAGACAUUGUGGGCACCUUCAAUCGCGAGACGAGCGAAAUAGACCUGCAGCACCCUACGCUGCUUCAGCAGGUGGGUUCCUUGAAGGAAUUGGGUUCCGAUCCGACUAUCCCCAACGAUGGGGAACCAGUUGACAUCCAUGAAUACAUCGAGCGCGGAAACCAGAUGGUAAAGGCUGGGAGGUUCAAGGCAGCCGCAGGCCUUUUCUCAGAGGCCCUCAAUGCCUGCUCGUCAGCACGCGCCGUGGAUCUCGACCUGGAGACGGACAUCAUCAAGUCACGCGCCAAGUGCUGGAAAGCCCUGGGAUGUUUCCAGGAGCUUCGGGAUGACAGCUCCAGGGUUCUGAAGUUGACGGGGAACCGUGACACCGAUGCCUUGCAAUGGCACAGAGCCGCAGAAGAGGGCCUAGCAUACAAAAGCCGUCGGCAAGCACUCCACCCGCGAGAAGAAUGA